GAUGAUACCAAUCAAUCAUGAUUUCGAUAAAAACGUUCGUGGUGUUCCUAAGUGUGGUGGGAACCGUGUAUCUUAAAUCUGUAAAGCAGAGCGAUGCGAUAGAAGAAGUAGAGAGAUACAUUGCAGAGAAAAAGGCCGAAAUCAACCCCCGGUACAGACUACAGUACCAUGUGGCACCCCCAGUAGGUUGGAUGAAUGAUCCUAAUGGAUUUUCAUACUUUAGGGGGGAGUACCAUCUAUUCUACCAAUUUUACCCCUAUGACAGUCAGUGGGGACCCAUGCACUGGGGACAUGUAUCGAGCCCUAAUCUAGUGGACUGGAAACAAUUACCCACGGCGCUCGUGCCUGAAGAAGAAAUGUGUUUCUCCGGCAGUGCUGUUGUUAAAGACGACACCAUGAUACUAAUGUACACGGGACGUCUAACAACUGACGUGGAACCGUUUUUCAAUGAGACACAAUAUUUGGCAUUCAGUGAUGACGGUGUAGUUUUCCACAAAUACGAAGGAAAUCCUGUUCUAUCGUUUACGCCCAACGGAUCUCCCGACUUCAGAGAUCCAAAAGUAUGGAAGCAUGAAGGCUACUGGUAUGUUGUUAUAGGAAGUAAGACUCUAGAUGAAAGGGGAAGAGUAUUGCUCUACAGAUCUCCAGAUAUGGUUAACUGGGAAUUUUUAAGUAUUAUAGGGGAAUCUACAGGCGGAAUGGGAUACAUGUGGGAGUGUCCAGACUUUUUCGAGAUUAAAGGAAAACAUAUCUUGCUUAUGUCACCGCAAGGAAUUGAGCCGCAAGGCGACAGAUAUAAAAAUACCCACCAGACAGGUUAUAUAAUUGGAAGUUUUAAUUAUGAAACUUAUGAAUUUGUGCCAGAAAGUGAUUUCCAAGAAAUUGAUUUUGGUCAUGACUUUUACGCUACACAGACCACUGAGGUGGAUGGAAAACGGAUUUUGAUAGCAUGGUUUGGAAUGUGGGAUGUCCCUUACCCCGAGGAUGUGGACGGCUGGGCAGGAGCAAUGACGAUCUUUAGAGAGCUUGACCUGGUAGCUAAUCGUGUAACCAUGAAACCCGUAGAGGCGAUGACAGACCUAAGGACGGAGACUUUGUUUGAAGGAGAAUUUUCAGAAGACGGUAUAAUAGAGUUCGGAAAGACAGGAGAAUUAAUUGUCAAAGGGGAUUUAAGUAAAAAUAUUGAAUUGGAGAUUAAGGGUAGCAACGGUGGCGGACAGGUCAUAGUUCGGUGGGAUACAGCAGUACGGAAAGUAGUUGUGGACAGGGAAGGGGACGUGCGACAGGUGGAGUGGCUGCCUCUUAAGUCCGAAAGCUGGAGGAUCUUCCUGGAUUCUAGUUCCUUGGAACUGUUCUGUGGAGAAGGUGAAGUUGUGUUCAGUACGAGGGUAUACCCUGAUGGUGAUUGGUACGUUACUAAUCGCAGUCCCCAAGCCCUAGACACUGUAGCCUAUAAAUUAAGAAGAAGUGUUCCUGAGUAGAAAUUGGAGUGAGACAGAAACUGUUCUUUAACGUGUUGUGAUAUUUGGUUUAAUUUUCAAUUUAGAGACAAUUUUCGGUUAAGUUUAGGUUAAAACUAGACAUCUAAAGUAUGAUAUGCACUCUAAUAAAUUAUGUUUUACACGG